CGCCGAGUCUUUCCCUAAUGGAGCUCCUUUUAGGGUUUUAGCAAAUUUCAAUUGCAGUUGGUGGUGGAUACUGAUAUUUGAGUUUCCCCGAGAAAUUUAGUAGCAAAAGAAGCGGAGAGAGAGAUAUGGAGCACGGUUCGUUCAAGGAUAAUAGCCAUGCUACGUUUACUUUAGGGGAAGAAGAUCACACACUUGCUAAUGCUGUUCGAUUUGUGCUAAACCAAGAUCCAAGAGUAACCGUGGGUGCGUACACCAUCCCGCAUCCUUCCCUUGAAAGCGUCAAUAUUCGGGUCCAGACUACAGGCGAUCCAGCGAAGGAAGUUUUCAAAGAUGCAUGUCAAGAGCUCAUGCAAAUGAACAGACAUGUGAGAAGCGUUUUUGACAAGGCUGUUACUGAGUAUAAGGCUGAACAAGAGCGUAAGGAGAAGAAGGCUGCAGAAGAGCUUCAGAGGCAGAGGGAACUAUUUGGGUCCAUGGACAUUGAAAGCAACUGAUUUUAUGAAAUAAACAAUUGUAUUAUUCUCUAUGGAGUUUCAUACUGUUUUGAUCUUAAAUCCAGAUUUAUCCUUCAAAAUUGAUUCGUUUCACAAUCCAA